AUGAAAUAUUCCAUCGCAGCUGUCGUGUCCGCACUCGCAGCCAGCGCCGCAGCUCUUCCCUUCCCCUCUGCGUAUACUCUUGUCGCAGAUGGAGGCUGGACGGUGGUCACCGACGGAACCCAUGCCUUUAUCGGCACCGGAGACAUUGACAACUAUCCCGUCCUGAUCUUGAAAGGAGGCAACAACAACAGCAAAAUCACCGGCGCAGCGCAACACCGCUCCUCCGCCGGCGUACAACAUCUCUACGUCAUGGGGAGUACGGAGACGCCCGUGACGCUGACGAGCCCCGACGCCGAUGCCCCCAGCGGUGCCGUCGUGGCGGGAUUUGGGGUCGACAAUCAGAAUUACCUGACGGUCAACGGGAAGAGCAGCGCUUUCGGGGUGGAUCCCAACUCGGGCCAGAUCAGGGAGAUCUACCAUCUGGGGAAGGGAUCGGACUCCCAGUACCAGCCGAUUUCGUUGUGGGUGAAGGAAUGCAAGGGGUGUUAG